AGGCGGAGGAGGCGGCGGCGGCGGCGGAGGCGGCGGCUGCCGGGGGGCGCAGGCGGGCUUCGGGAGGCCCGGCAGCAUCAUGGCGGACAGAGACAGCGGCAGCGAGCAGGGUGGCGGCGGCGGCGGGGCUCCGGGCCCGGGCGGUGGCGGUGGCGGUGGCGGCAGCGGGCCCGGCGGCGGCGGCGGCGGCGUGGGCCUUCAGCACGAGACGCAGGAGCUGGCCUCCAAGCGGGUGGACAUCCAGAACAAGCGCUUCUACCUGGACGUGAAGCAGAACGCGAAGGGCCGCUUCCUGAAGAUCGCGGAGGUGGGCGCCGGGGGCAGCAAGAGCCGCCUGACGCUCUCCAUGUCGGUGGCCGUGGAGUUCCGCGACUACCUGGGCGACUUCAUCGAGCACUACGCGCAGCUGGGCCCCAGCCAGCCGCCGGAGCUGGCGCAGGCCGCCGACGAGCCUCGGAGGGCCCUCAAGAGCGAGUUCCUGGUGCGCGAGAACCGCAAGUACUACAUGGAUCUGAAGGAGAACCAGCGCGGGCGGUUCCUGCGCAUCCGGCAGACGGUCAACCGCGGCCCGGGCCUGGGCUCCACGCAGGGGCAGACCAUCGCGCUGCCGGCUCAGGGGCUCAUCGAGUUCCGCGACGCCCUGGCCAAGCUCAUCGACGACUACGGCGUGGAGGAGGAGCCGGCCGAGCUGCCCGAGGGCACCUCCUUGACGGUGGACAACAAGCGCUUCUUCUUCGACGUGGGCUCCAACAAGUACGGCGUCUUCAUGCGGGUGAGCGAGGUCAAGCCCACCUACCGCAACUCCAUCACCGUCCCCUACAAGGUGUGGGCCAAGUUCGGGCACACCUUCUGCAAGUACUCGGACGAGAUGAAGAAGAUCCAGGAGAAGCAGAGGGACAAGCGGGCAGCAGCCGCCGCCGCCGCCGCCGCCGCGGCCUCCUCGCCUUCCUCCGGGGGAGCCGAGCAGCCGCCCGAGGCCGAGGGGGGCAGCAGCAGCAGCAGCGUCGCCGCCGCCGCCGCCGGCCCGCCGGGAGCCUUGCUGCAGGCCGAGGAGCCGGAGGAGGAUUGAUCUCCAUCCCUCCUUGCCUCUCCUUCCUCCUCCUCCUCCUCCCCACGGCCUUCCUCCUCCUCCUCCUCCCCACUUGGCUGCCUCCUCCCUGCCCUGCUGCACAGAGACACUCGUAAUAAUAAUAAUGACGACGACGACGACAAACAACAACAUCGCCACACACACAGAGAGAGAGAGAUACGUUAUACUGUAAGCGAGCGAGAGAGAGAGAAACCGACAUCCACACACUGAAAAUAAUACAUGCAGUUAAAUAUACCUGUUGUUCUAACUCCAAAGGGGAGCACCACCGACCGACCACCCACCCACCACCAAAACUGACAGCCGAGCAAGCAACUUCUUUCUCUCCACCUCCAUCGCUGGAUUGUUCCUUCCACUCUUGCCCAUCGUAUAAAACAGUAAGCAGCUGCUAAAAACAAAACAAAAAAAACAAAACAAAAAAAAUUACAAAAAAAAAUUACAAAAAAGUAAUAACAUUAUAUAUGAUGAACUGUGUUUCCUACUUGAUUAAAAAUAUAAAGAACUGAGUGUUUAUUUCCCUAAUUAACCAAGAACUUUUGUACACGUUUAAGCUAUUAUUAUUAUUAUUAUUAAAAAAAAAGUGUUUGCAAAAAUGGUCAAGAUUAAAAUAUUGCUGAAUUAUAUUAAAAAGAGAAAAUGUCCUUUUCAUGUUGAGCUAACAUUUGACUUUAGCACAAAAAAGAGAUAUUUUAGAACACGUAAAAUAAUAUUUUUAGUUUUUCUUCUCAUUUUGUUACCAAAUUUCAAAACCUUACAUGAAGGUUAUUAUAGUAUAUUUGACACCCUAUAUACCUGUGAUUAGAGAUGUGUAUAUAUAUAUGAGGGCUAGGCAUGCUGUGUGUCUGAGCUUUGUCUAAAUGUUAUGCAGAAGUCUGUAGAGUUAAAAGGUACGUAGGUUUAAUUCAUGCAAGGUAAACAAUAAGUGCUCUCUUUUAUACAAUAUGCAUUGCAUCUGGACCUUAAACAUAUAAAAUGGUCAGUGAAACUUCUGUGAACAUGAAGAAAAAUUAUUAAAAAGGCAUUUAAAUGAAAUUUGCUAACUUGUGAUUUUUAUGGUUUGAACCAAAGUUAUUCAAAUAGUUAAAAAGAGAAAGAGAAAGAGAGAUGAUCUCCCAUAUUUUUCUGCACCUAUUUGGUUUACAACUAAGUAGGUAUAUUGUCCUUAUUGUGUAUAUGAGAUGUACUUGUAUUGUUCAUAAUAUAUUUUUUUUAUGAUGUGUACUUAAAGUACUUCACGUGCAGCAAUUUCCAGUAAACCUGUUUUUGAAUAACAGGCGGUGAAGGUUUUUUGUUUUUUUCCUGUGUGUGGCCACUAGCACUAUCCCUUUAACUUGUUUAAGUCUGAAUUGAAACUCCUGUUUUGUGCUAGUGCUAACUAAUUUAUAUAGGCCUGUCAUGGAAGUCAAUGCAACAUGAUUAUAGAGUAAUCCUACUGAGCCAUGGAUUUUGAAUUUCCUUUAAAAGUGAAAGCCAAGUUGGUGUGCUGUAAAAUAAAUUUUAAUGUAGCUGUGGUGCUAGUUAUUACUGGCUACAUACUUUAUACAUGUAGUAAGGAUACCCUGCCCCACCCCCAACUGUGCAAGUUCCCUAACCCUUCAGUUAAAAGUAUGUACUUUGUGUGAUUAUAUCAGAACUGUAGGGUAUGAAAACAGUCUGUCAGAACACUAAUCUGUCAAGUAGUGUUCUCCAAAUUGCAAUUGUUUGUAGUAAUAUACUUUUGCAGGUUUUUCUUUUAAAAUGUUUGUGUGCUUUUAAUUGACUAACGUCUUGCUGCUGUAUAGUAAAAUAUUAAUAUAUUUUUUAUCAUUAAACUGCUGCAUGACUAUCAUCAUUGCAAGUGAAAAGAAUAUGUUAUAAAUGAUGCCUUAAAACAGUAGGAAAAAUAGUUGGAAUUCUUUAGAAACAGUCAACAAUAUAAGAAUCUGUGUGAUUCUUGAGAUCUGGAGUGUAUUCGUUUUCUUAACACCCUGACAAAUUUAACAAUUUAGAUUUAACUGCUGUAUGUUGAAGAUGCUACCAGUAGGAAAGAGACUUUCUAAGCUUCUCAUUGAUUGUAAGAGGUUGGGCCUAGGAAAGACAAAGAGAUUGUUCAAAGGAAAUGUAUUUUCUGUUUUCAUUAAAGUAUAAUUCCCCUUUUGGAGAUGCACUGUUAAGUGUCAAUAUAAAAUCUGUUUCCGUUGUAUCAUCCAUUUCCAGUUUAACAAUUUUGCUACUGGUGUCCAUAGAGCACCAAAUGUGCAAUAAUGUUAUAGUGGUUAGAAAUUUUUGUUUUGAGAAUCACUGGAAUUUAUUACAUUACUUUCUAAGGUGCACUUUUCCACAUAGCAAAAAUAAGCUUCCAUGGUGCGUAAUGUGAUAACUGAAAUGGUUUUUGACUGCAUGUAAACAUUGACUGGUAAGCCUUUGUCUUACUUGGAGAGUUUGAGCAGUUUAAUACUGCAUUUGAAUGGUGAAAGAAUUGCAUUCUCCAUGCUACAGGUAGUUAGGAAAGUUUUAAAUUGCUUAGAUUCUGCUAUUUGGUUGUCUCGGUUCUACUAUUCAUUAUAGUUUUAAAAGUUGCAAUACUGCAGACUGGCAGAUUUUUUUAUUUUUUUUAGCAAUAACCUGUGUAGGUCGGUGUACAGCAAAGUGUGUUUAUUCUCUUUGAAUUAAUAUAAAAUUUGUUAAAGAGCAAAAUCCUUACUCAGUUUUUGGCUGGACUGUCUUCAGAAGAGCUGAAAGUGUUUUGUCUCACGAUACGAAACUAUAUUCCAUUUUAUCCCACUAUUGUCUCUGAUAAAGGGUUAGUUUUGCAGGCUCAUAGAACAAAACAAGCACCUCUUUAAUUAAGAGGCCAAAGUGGAAUGCGCAGACAUAUUACAAGCAGUGACUCUUUCAAAUCACUUUUUACUCUCUGAAAAACCUAUUGUCUCUGAUUCCAGCCAACAUGUAGAUUGGUUUAGUCAUUGGAAUCAAUAGAAUCAGCAUUUUGCCUAUUUCCUUUUUUCUGAGAAUCAAAAUGCAUGAAAAGGAACUCUACUUGACCCACACAUUUGAGAAUCUUACCAUUGAUCUGAGUAGGUCAAGCUGAUGUGUGGGUUAUGCAGUUGUCCUCGUAUGGUCUCCUAACUACCACCGUUUCAGCAGCAUUCUGCGUCCUAAGUCUGAACGUUUAUUUAUAUGCACACUGUAGAUAUUGUGCAUUGACUUGAUUAAUAGUCAUAAUAUGUUAUGUUGACUAUGACCUUGUUUUGAGUUUCGCUUUUUCCAGUUGAGGUGCUCAGUUCUUUACCACGGUUGUGCAGCUCACUGUUUACAAUGAGCAACAGUGAAAAGACCUUAGUCUUAAGGUCAGGGGGUUAAAAAAAGAAGAAGAGAGAGGUAUAUUUGACCAUAUUUGGUGUUCCAAAAAACAGUAUGCUCAAAUGUGCCAAACAAUCCACCUUUGGAAAACAUGCCUUAUUUUCCUUAAUGUUUUCAGUGUCUUGUAGGGAAGUUCCAAGCUCAUAAUGCUACUUUAUAUGAAGUGCAAGAAAACUUGAAAUCUACUGCAAUACAAACAUAGUCGUGUUUUUGUUUUCCUUUCUAAGCUAAAGCGACACUGUCAAGUAACUUAACAUCUAAAACAUGACCUCCCUUUCAGGUGAUUACAGCAUGGCAAAUAAUGUCCUUACUUUGAGUCCACAUGUUUUUUUUUUAAUUGCUCUGUCUGAGAAAUUAAAUAAACACAUUAAAAAUUA